ACCGCAACGUCAACGACACCGCCCCUACGAUCGUCGCUGCUCUGAUACCACGUGUCACGUGCUGACUAUUUUCCUUAGUCUCACACGCUGCCCACUAGCGUCACACUCCCGUCGGACUAACUAGUCAAGGCACUUGGAUGCUUCGGCUAAGCCUAAGUGAUGCAACGAAAGCUAAGUGUGGAAGAAGAACGUAGGCACAAAGUAUGUAGGCUUUUAAAGAAUGCUUGUAUUGCUUGAGUUUGUUUACAAAUGCUUGGAUGAUAUGUACAAAUGAAUGAGGAGGCCUAUUUAUAUUAUAGGCUCCUUGGAUCCCUAGAAAGUUCUACUCUAGAACAAUCUAUAACCUCCUCUUAAGGAGUAUUCUCUAAGAUUCUAGAAAGUUCCCACCUCCCAAGGAACAACUAAAUACAAGGAGGCUUCUACAUCCUUCUAUACAAAUCUGUACAAGGGAGUUCUAGACACUUCCAUGCUAGAACCUUCUAGGCAAAACCAAGCUAGAAUGCCCAAGAUAACUCCGGAGCACCACCGAAAAGCUUGCUGCACCAUCGGUCCGGGCCUCAACAAUUCUGGCCCGACCAUUCAAGGAAAUAGACAAGAUUGAAGCUCCUUGCUUGGGUUCGGUUAUCAUUAAAUGUAUAGCUUUGGGUAUUGAAGUGAAGAUACUUGCAUAAAUAGAAACUUCGGGCGUAGAAUAAACUUUCUGAUACGUCAAAAAAGAGAUUCUACGCCGUAAAGGAAGCGCGUGCCCAAUCACUAACCAGGAGGUGGUGUUCAUCAAGCCCUCUCUCCGGACUUAACCUAGACCUUUAUCCGGCCUAAAAACCCUUUCUAUCUAAGCUAGAGUUCCAAAGGCGAAAACUCAAAAACUAGUAAAGGAUGCUCGUGUUGUGGUUUUGAGCUCUUUGGCUUGUGUUCUAAUAGUAAGCACAGGAAGAAAGCUGAGAGCCUUCUCUAAAAAAUAAUGAAAGAGCGGGUUCAUGGUCCCUAGUCUCCUUUUUUUCUAUAAUAGAAACCUUUUUUAAUUUGAUGAUAGCAGAUAUAUAGAAAGUGUGCGGUGAAGGAUGUUUCGUCAGAAGCAGUCUUUCUUAUUGGAAAAAGGGCUCAAACAAUGCCUGUCCCAUUCCGUUGUUGGUCAACAACCAACAAAUUUGACACCAACUCAUUCUAGAGGCUUGACGGAGUUAAGCUGUCUGGAGGGAAUCACUAAAGAAAACAUUAUUAUGCCUCAACUGGAUCAAUUUACUUAUUUUACACAAUUCUUCUGGUCAUGCCUCUUCUUCUUUACUUUCUAUAUUCUAAUAUGCAAUGAUAGGGAUGGAGUACUUGGGAUCAGCAGAAUUCUAAAACUACGAAAUCAACUGCUUUCGCGCCGGGGGAACAACAUCCAAAGCAAGGACCCCAAGAGUUUGGAAGAUAUCUUGAGAAAAGGUUUUCACACAGGUGUAUCCUAUAUGUACUCUAGUUUAUUCGAAGUAUCCCAAUGGUGUAAGGCCGCCGACUUAUUUGGAAAAAGGAAGAAAAUCUCUUUGAUCUCUUGUUUCGGAGAAAUAAGUGGCUCACGAGGAAUGGAAAGAAACAUAUUCUAUUUGAUCUCGAAGUCUUCAUAUAGCACUUCUUCCAAUCCUGGAUGGGUGAUCACUUGUAAGAAUGACAUAAUGCUAAUCCAUGUUCUACACGGCCAAGGAAGUUUCAAAAUAUGACCA